GCAGGCAGGGAGGGGGAGAUGCAGCUGCUAGAAGUGGGGGAUGCAGUGAGCGGAGCAGGCAGAGCUGGGUGAGCUCAGGACUGGAGAGGAGACGCUGGAUAACCCUGUGCUCUACUUCCCUGUGACCGGCAGGAGCCCCGCACUUCCCGGAUCUGCUUCUCCAGUGCCCCCGCGUCCUGUCUGCCGCUUCUCGCCGGAUCCGAGCUCCUGAGCCCGGUAGUCUUGCUCCUCCAGUCCCUCAUUCUUCCUGCCAGUUCCGGACUCUGUGGGUUUUCUGCCCGGCUCUCCGUGGUGCUGAAGACGGAAGCGAUCUGCAACAAUCCCGGGCCGAGCAUGCAAGCCUGGAGCUGAGGGUCUGCAGCUGGCGACCAGAUCUGGAGGGGGAGCCCCGGCUACAGUCACGAGAGCUCCGAGGCUGAGUGUGAGGCACAGGCCGGGAGAUAGAGCCCUACAGCCUGGCCUGACAACCGCAGGCAGUCCCUGGAUCUAGAAAACGUUCCACCCUGGAGAAGUCCUCAGCAUCGGCGGUCUGGAGACCUAAAGAACAUUUGCUGGAGCUUUUCUCAUAUACAUGUAUAGAUACAUCUCAUCUACAGGACCACAUCAACAACUGUAGACCCCUCAUCCACAAGUUCUCCUCUACCUGCAGCUAUAGAUCCUCAUCUACUAAUAUAGAGCCCUCAUCUACAACUAUCCAGCUCUCAUCCUCAGGACCCAUAUCUGCUCCCUAGAUACUAAUACAGAGCCCUCAUCACAGGACCCCCUUCUAUAACUUUCAUCCAAAGGACAGCCCUUUAUGACUAUAGACCCCCUUUACAGCUUGAGACCACUCAUCUAUAACCAUAGAGCCCUUAUCCAUAGUACCCCCACACUACAACUACAGAGUCCUAGACUACAGCAUUCAUCUGCAAUUAUAGACCCUUCAUCUACACCUUUAGACCAUUGUCUACCAUUAUGGACCCGCAUCUAUACUUAUAGACCCUUCAGCCAUUGACAACUCAGCUACAGAUGCUUUAUCUACAACUAUAGACUUCUCAAAGAACAAGCAACUGUGCACCCUCAUUUACUGAUGACUGAGCUGUAGAUCCCUUAAAAAAACAUAGUGAACAAUAGACCCCUAUCUACCAAUAUAGACAUCUCAUGUAAAGAACCAACUUCAGACCCGCCUUUAGGUAACUAUAGAUCCACAUUUACACACAGCCUAUAUAAACCCAUCAUCUACAGGAAACCUUAGCUUCUCAUUUACAAUUAACACAACUAUAGAUCCCUCAUCCACAGAUAACCCAGCUAUAGAGCCAUAGUCUACACAUAAGUACACUGUAGAUAACCCCUCAUCUACAGAUAACCCAACAACAGAUCCUUCAUCUACAGAUUGCCUAACUAUAAACUCCUCAUCUACACAUAACCUAGCUACAGACUUCUCAUUUACAGAUAACUCAGUUAUAGACCCCCUCAUGUACAUAUAACCCAAGUAUAGACCCCACACCUACAGAUAACCCAACUAUAAAUCCUUCAUCUUCAGAUAACCCAACUAUAUACCCUCAUCUAUAUAACACUUACCUACAGACAGUCAUCUAAAGACCCAUUUUUUUCUAGACCACUUAAAUGUAGUCCCUUCAUUUUUACCAGUAAACUUUAGACUCAUUGUGUAAACACGUCCUUUAUCUAGUGACAACUCAUCUAAAGUCUUACCUUCUUUACAAGCCUUAACUAAAGACAGCAUCAUUUAAAGAUUCGUAAUCAGCAGAUCAAACAACUUCAGACCCCUUAUUUACAGGACCCUUUAACUCGUCAUCUACAGACCUGCUACAUGUAGUCCACCUCCCACAAGCCAUUUCUCUAUGUCCUAUACAUAUAGAGAGCCCACAUCUACAAAUCACCUAACUAGAGGUGCUUACUCUACAGAACACUCAGCUAUUAACCCAUCUCUGACCAUACCCUAUCAUUAGAUCUAUCAUCUGAAAGUCAUUCUGUUAGAGAUCCUUUAUCUACAGAUUUUCCUUUUCCCGAUCACUCAGCUGCCAAUCCCCUUGUUUACCGACACCUCGCCUACAUAAUUAUAGGACAGUUUUAGUGUUCUUCAUAUGAGAUUUGUGUAGACAUCAGAACUUCAGAGUUUGAUAACAUUCCGAUUGUUAAGACCCCUCCAAAGAGACAUCACAGGGCCAGCAGACUGUAAUGAAGAGUCUUCUGAGACCCACAGAUUCACAUUAGCAUGUUCCAUUGAGCAUCAUCCAUUAACAUGCACAGGUCAAUAUUUUCCUUGAGGUCUUCUCAGAAGUGUCAUUGCUGAACCUGAAGUUCCAUGACCACUGUGGUCAAGUCCCUCAACACUUAACAAUAGGAGCAGCUCUAGUACAGACUUCAUCUUUGGUAUUCCAAUUAUUUCUUCUCCUUUUGGAGCCUGCAAACCUUCAUCCAAGGACAAGAACAUCAACUUGAGAUUAACUGUGUCAUCAUGGAAAAAACAGUCCUAAAAGACUCAUCUACUUAACAUUUGGAUGGAGUGGUCUUAGUAGGAACCCCUGUUCAGUCUUCUACAUAAGGAUUUUAUCAUGCUGUUGGAACAAGUGGCAAUGCUCCCGGCAUAGGAACCACAGAGACCUUUGGGAUAUCCCAAUUCUGAGAGAAUGCUGGGAUUCUGCAGGGGGAGAAGGAAGUUCCUGGCAGCGUCUCUCACUCUCCUUUUUGUUCCAGCAGUCACCUGGAUCUAUCUGUUCACUGGACGUUUUGACGAUGGGAAGUCUGUAUCCUUGUCAUCACUGGAUACCCAGCCUCACAGUCCGCGAUAUGCAGCUUCCAGCCAGCGAGAGAGCCUGGAGGUGCGUGUCCGGGAAGUGGAGGAAGAGAAUCGCGUUCUUCGCAAGCAGCUCAGUCUGGUGCAGAGUCGGAGUUCAUCGCAUCGCCACGGCAAUCGGACGAAAACUUACUCCAUGGAGGAAGGCACAGGAGACAGUGAGAGCUUGCGUGCUGGCAUUGUGGCUGGUAACAGUUCAGAGUGUGGCCAACAGCCUAUGGUGGAAAAAUGUGAGACCAUUCACGUCGCCAUAGUGUGUGCAGGUUAUAAUGCCAGCCGGGACGUGGUCACACUGGUCAAGUCCGUCUUGUUCCACAGGAGAAACCCACUACACUUCCACCUCAUCGCUGAUUCCAUUGCCAAGCAGAUCCUGGCCACACUCUUCGAGACCUGGAUGGUUCCUGCAGUGCGUGUGGAUUUUUAUGAUGCAGAUGAAUUGAAGUCGGAGGUUUCGUGGAUUCCCAACAAGCAUUACUCAGGAAUUUAUGGGCUCAUGAAGCUGGUACUCACCAAGACUCUUCCUUCCAGCCUGGAACGGGUCAUCGUCCUGGACACUGACAUCACUUUUGCCACAGAUAUAGCUGAGUUGUGGGCUGUUUUUCAUAAGUUCAAAGGACAACAAGUUCUGGGGCUUGUGGAGAAUCAGAGUGACUGGUACCUUGGAAAUUUAUGGAAAAACCACCGACCAUGGCCGGCACUAGGCAGAGGAUACAACACAGGGGUGAUUCUUUUGCUCCUGGACAAGUUACGCAAGAUGAAAUGGGAACAGAUGUGGCGUCUGACAGCAGAAAGGGAACUGAUGAGCAUGCUAUCUACCUCCCUGGCUGAUCAAGACAUCUUUAAUGCUGUCAUCAAGCAGAACCCGUUUUUGGUAUAUCAGCUCCCUUGUUUCUGGAAUGUGCAGCUGUCAGAUCACACCCGCUCUGAACAGUGCUAUCGAGACGUCUCAGAUCUGAAGGUUAUUCACUGGAAUUCUCCCAAAAAGCUGAGAGUCAAAAACAAACACGUGGAAUUCUUCCGGAAUCUGUACCUGACGUUCCUGGAGUAUGACGGGAACCUCCUGCGCAGGGAGCUGUUCGGCUGCCCCAGCGAGACCGACGUCAACAGCGAGAAUCUCCAGAAGCAGCUGUCAGAACUGGACGAGGACGAUCUGUGCUAUGAGUUUAGACGGGAGAGGUUCACAGUUCAUCGCACUCAUCUCUACUUCCUGCACUACGAGUAUGAGCCAGCGGCUGAUGACACCGACGUCACACUGGUGGCACAGCUCUCAAUGGACAGGCUCCAGAUGCUUGAGGCUAUCUGCAAGCAUUGGGAGGGCCCCAUCAGCCUAGCUCUGUACCUCUCAGACGCUGAAGCUCAGCAGUUCCUACGUUAUGCACAGGGUUCUGAGGUGCUGCUAAACCGACGCAAUGUGGGAUACCACAUCGUUUACAAAGAAGGACAAUUCUACCCGGUCAACCUGCUGAGGAAUGUGGCCAUGAAACACGUCAGCACCCCAUACAUGUUCCUCUCUGAUAUAGACUUCCUACCCAUGUAUGGACUCUAUGAGAGCCUCAGGAAGUCGGUUGUACAGCUGGACAUGAGUAACACCAAGAAGGCAUUGAUCAUCCCUGCUUUUGAGACCCUGCGAUAUCGACUCUCCUUCCCAAAAUCUAAAGCCGAAUUACUCUCCAUGUUAGAUAUGGGCACCUUAUUCACCUUCAGGUACCACGUCUGGACUAAGGGGCAUGCUCCCACCAACUUUGCCAAAUGGAGGACGGCGACAACUCCUUACCGCGUGGAAUGGGAGGCAGAUUUCGAACCCUAUGUGGUGCUGAGACGGAAUUGUCCAGAGUAUGACCGAAGAUUUGUUGGAUUUGGGUGGAACAAAGUGUCUCACAUCAUGGAGUUGGAUGCACAGGAAUAUGAAUUCACAGUGCUGCCUAAUGCCUACAUGAUCCACAUGCCCCAUGCCCCAAGCUUCGACAUAACUAAGUUCCGCUCAAAUAAGCAAUAUCGAAUUUGCCUGAAGACGCUAAAGGAGGAAUUUCAGCAAGACAUGUCACGGCGUUAUGGAUUCACGGCUCUCAAAUACCUCACGGCAGAGAACAAUAGCUAACGAGACCUGGGGAUGAAAGGGCUCGAGUGUGCCUAACAUCUCGCGAAGACCUCAAAGACAAGACAUCGACCAUCGAUGGUUGGUUGGAGGCUGCCAGUGUUUAGAACCCUGGGUGAUUUGAGGAACAUUUACCUAUUGUCUCUUUUGCCCCCUUGACUUCAAUAAUCAUUAAAGCUGAGAACAUACUGCUGUGGAUCCAGGUAAAUAGAACUUUUCAAGGCAUUUGACUUCUCCCUUGGUGCUACAGAACAAGGCUUAGUUGUUGGAGACCUGCUUAACUUGGAGUCUCAUUUGUAACAUCCAAUCCAAGGUUGGUUAGUCUUUGGGCUACUCCCUACAACCUGCUUUACCAUCGAAGAGCUCAAGUUGCCAAAUACCUUGUUCUGGAGGUUUCCACAAUGUGCUCAGUUGAGUAGUCGAAGCAGAUAUGAGUUGGAUUUUCACCACCACUAUCUGUUUCUUGCACUGGUUGUUGAGGAUGUGAAGUAUUUAUGGGUUAAAAUCAGACUCUUCCCAGGACAAUGCACAGAUGAAGUGUUCUGCAACUUGAUUGCCAGGAGGCAGAAAUUAGGAACUUGGUGUGAAAUCUCUUAAGCUUCACGCAAAAAAAAUGUAAAAAAAAAAAGUAGCAGUGUUGACAUUGUAAAGAUCCAAAGGGCAUUUCUUUCUAUUUUUGUAUUGUAUUCAUCAAUGUAUAAAAGAAAUUGAAAAUAUUCACCUCCUGCUUUCUCAAUGGAAGACACAGAGCUGAGCAUUUGACAUACAAUCUUGAUCUUCAUCUAUGGUUCUUGAAUGUAAACGUGACACACUAUAUCAUGAUGCCGAGCAUCUCUUCAUGGUGACAUCUUCAUCAUGGACAUAAGAAGACUUUAUGCCUGGAACACUAAAUGCCUUUUGUUUUUGGUGUGGAGAGCAGGCUUAUUUCUUUUUAGUCUGUCAGUUUUUUCUUCUGUGUAAUUAGUGAUGGUCCUGCUGGGCAUCAGAAAGACAAUGAUGUGCUCGGACAUCUGUAGGGCUUUGCCAUAUACUGUGGCAUGUUUAUUUUCAGGAAAAUCAUAGCUUUGUACGUUCCCGGAAAGCCCAGAACAACAUUACUAUGCAAUGUCUUACUGGACUUUCGUCUUGGAACAGAGUCCAUGUCCAUGUUGGCCAACAGAUGAGAAGAGGUUCAGAAACUUGUGCAUGGAAAGGGUGACAAAUAUUUCCCAGGGAUUAAAUACAGUAUAAAGACACCAUCACAGAAAGUUCCAUCCCACCUUAGAGAGUGUUGAUGGACGUUUGUGGAGAUGGAUGAGUUAUAACCCAAUGGUUUUUUCCACUAUUUUUUACCAUUCAGAAUUAAUUGUCAUGUUUACAAAGAGGACAUUAAGUCUAAUGCACUAGACCUGCAGUCGGCGGCUGCUUGUUAACCAAUGGAAGACGACGUUCGGAGACGGAGGGAAAAAAAACACAAUACAGUGUCCUGUUCUCAUCUGACAUAUAUAGUAGGUCCCCAUGAUGUGUGUGUCAAAUCAUGAAUCUUAUACCCACAUACAUAUUAAAAGAUUCCAAGGCUAGGGCUCAAGUUGAGGGAAAAGGAAAGAUGUCUUGAAGAUAAGGAGAACAUUUUGAGGCCAAAGCAGCUCACCGUAGCUUGUCUAGUCCUUUAGGGCCAGGGUCACAGAAAAAAAACAUUACCUGUAUGGCUUCCUAUAGAUCCUAAAGACCGAGGAGAGAGGGUCCCAUACCAAUACCUGCUGCACCAAUACCCUCUUGGCUGCAAGAUUAGUUGAAAUGGUCUUACAAUUCAUUAUUUGUCAGGGUCCAGCAUCAAGCUGCUGUGUGUAAUAAUGUCUCCCCUUGGCGGACUUAAGGGUUGGACAGGUGUAUAUUAUGGGAUGGGUGUAUUGUAUAUUAACCCAUUUAAUCCUUUGUGUCUCUAUCAGGGUUGCCUGCCAGCCAUUUAUCUCUGUUCCCAUGUUCAUUCCGAAGAAGACAAUGUAUGUGCUUAUGGCAUGGGGAGGAGGGGUUCGAAUAACAGUUACCAAUUCCCUCAUAAACAUCCAUUUUUGGGGUUUUGGCCAAAUAGUCAUGGAUAGCAAGAUAAGUGUCCUCACAUCUUUGAGGACAUACCUGGAGAGAUGGGGCCGUUUUCUUCUUUGUUAUGGGGCCCUCACUUCAUAGGGCGUACCACAACACCCAAAGUUUUAGGCCGUCUCGAGAAGAUCUGGUUAUAAGCUCAUAGUUGGCAAUGUUCCUUUCAUCUUAAUGCUCUGCUGGCGGCUUCUUUUCGCUCAUUUAAUGUGUAAAUUUUCCAUUGCUCUUUUUUCUUUCUUGACACCUCAGAUUUAUCUAUGUCAUUUUUUUUUUCCUUAUUUUUCCAUGGUGACAGAAAUCUGCAAUUCUCUCUCGGCAGCUGCUAGUGAGAUAAAUUUCUGUGACAAGUUUUCAUUUCUGUUCACGUCAAUAUAUUUCACUAAUCUUCAAUUACCGUAUGAGUGGGUGAAAACAUCUCCCUUCAACAUUGAGUCUCAUGGAUGGAAAUAAGCUGAUGGCUAUAGCAACCAAUCACAUAGUUGCCACCAGUUCUGAAUUUGUAGAGACUGCCUAUAGUUUUCAGACCUGGCAAAUUUGGGGGGUUCCGACCCAAAAAAUGGGCAGGUCUUAUGUUAGCCCAUAAGUAGGCGUUGCCAGGUCCGUUUGGGCAUUCCUGGGGUGGGGCUUAAAUGCCCCAAAUUUGUCAGCUAUACUAUUAAUAAGUAUGCCAUCACUAUUUAGUCAGAGGGGGAGAUUUAUCAAAACUGGUGCCAAGGAAAACUGACUUAGUUGCUCCUAACAACCGAUCAGAUUGAUCCUUUUACUUUCCAAAGCAGCUCUGAAAAAUGAAAGGUGCAAUCUGAUUGGUUGUUAUGGGCAAUUAUGCCAGUUUCUGUUUGCACCAGUUUUGAGAAAUCUCCCCCCAGAAUGUUUUUUUCAUGGGAAUCAUCACUCUAGUAUUUGCGGCUUGGAUGCGGACCCAUUCACUUCAAUGGGGCCGCAAAAGAUGCGGACAGCACGCCGUGUGCUGUCCGCAUCCGUUGCUCCAUUCCGUGGUCCGCAAAAAAAAAUAU